AUGGCCUCUCAGGUUAAUGGCCACAGUUCAGGCUCUGAUGCCCACGGAGGGAAAUCCCUCAGAGAAGACCUGCAGCAGUUCCUGGGUGGUGAGGCCCUGUUGCACGAGCUGGAUGACCUCACCAAGGUGAAUCCUGUGACACUGGAGACAGUCCUGAGGUGUUUGCAGGCUCGGUACGCAGCGGACAUGUUCUACACCAGUGCUGGCUGCACCCUCGUGGCCCUGAACCCCUUCAAGCCCGUCCCUCAGCUCUACUCACCAGCACUGAUGGGAGAGUACCACGCUGCUCCUCAGCCCCAGAAACUGAGGCCUCACAUCUUCUCUGUGGGUGAACAGACCUACAGGAAUGUCCAGAGCCUGAUCGAGCCAGUCAACCAGUCUAUCAUUGUCAGCGGAGAGAGUGGUGCUGGAAAGACUUGGACGUCCCGCUGCCUGAUGAAGUUUUAUGCUGUGGUGGCUGCCUCACCCACAUCUUUGGAGAGCCACAAAAUUGCAGAGAGGAUUGAACAGCGCAUCUUGAACUCCAACCCUGUUAUGGAAGCUUUUGGGAAUGCGUGCACACUGAGGAAUAACAACAGCAGUCGCUUUGGGAAGUUCAUCCAGCUACAGCUGAACAGUGCCCACCAGAUGACUGGAGCUGCAGUCCAGACAUACCUCCUAGAGAAAACUCGCGUGGCCUGCCAGGCCUCCAGUGAGAGGAACUUCCACAUCUUCUACCAGAUCUGUAAAGGAGCCAGUGUGGAUGAGAGGCUCCAGUGGCACCUUCCUGAGGGAGCAUCCUUCUCUUGGCUGCCUAACCCAGAGAGGAUCUUGGAAGAGGAUUGUUUCCAGGUGACCAGAGAGGCCAUGCUUCACUUGGGCAUUGACAUCCCCACUCAGAACAACAUCUUUCAGGUCCUGGCUGGACUGCUGCACCUCGGAAAUAUCCGGUUUGCUGACUCUGAGGAUGAAGCCCAGCCCUGCCAGCUGAUGGACAAUGCCAAGUGCUCUAUCAGGACAUCAGCCUCACUGCUGCAGCUUCCAGAAGACCCAUUGCUGGAGACACUGCAGAUUAGAACCAUCAGGGCAGGCAGGCAGCAGCAGGUAUUCCGGAAGCCCUGCUCCCAAGCUGAGUGUGACACUCGCAGAGACUGUCUGGCCAAACUAGUCUACGCAAGGCUAUUUGACUGGCUGGUAUCCGUGAUCAAUAGCAGCAUCUGUGCAGACCUUGACUCCUGGACCACUUUCAUAGGCCUACUGGAUGUAUAUGGAUUUGAGUCAUUUCCCAACAACAGUCUGGAACAGUUGUGCAUCAACUAUGCCAACGAGAAGCUACAACAGCACUUUGUGGCUCACUACCUGAGGGCUCAGCAGGAGGAAUAUGCAGUUGAGGGCCUGGACUGGUCCUUUGUCAACUACCAGGACAACCAGGCCUGUUUGGAUCUCAUUGAGGGAAGCCCCAUCAGUAUCUGCUCCCUCAUAAAUGAGGAAUGCCGCCUUAAUCGGCCAAGCAGUGCAGCCCAGCUCCAGACACGCAUUGAGAGUGCCCUGGCAGGCAGUCCACGCCUGGGCCACAACAGGCUCAGCCAGAAGCCCAGCUUUGUCGUGGUACAUUAUGCUGGGCCUGUGCAGUACCACACUGCAGGCCUGGUGGAGAAGAACAAGGACCCUGUCCCCCCUGAGCUGACCAGGCUCUUACAGCAGUCUCAGGACCGCCUACUCAAGGUGCUAUUUCCUACGGACCCUGAAGUAAAGUCCCAGGAGGAGCCCUCUGGCCAAAGCAGAGCCCCUGUGUUGACUGUAGUGUCCAAGUUCAAGGCCUCCCUGGAGCAGCUUUUGCAGGUUCUGCAUAGCACCACGCCCCACUACAUUCGCUGCAUCAAGCCCAACAGCCAAGGCCAGGCGCACACCUUUCUCCAGGAGGAGGUCCUCAGCCAGCUGGAGGCCUGUGGCCUUGUGGAGACCAUUCAUAUCAGUGCUGCUGGCUUCCCCAUCCGAAUCCCUCACCAGAACUUCGUGGAACGAUAUAAAUUACUGAGAAGGCUCUGUGCUCGCAUAUCCCCUGCCCCCCAUAGCCCGUUUCCUGAUGAAGGGCAUUCAGAAUGGUCUCCACACACCAAGGCAGCCACACUGCAACCUCUCCUCCAGGACAUCCUCCAUACUCUUCCAGCUCUAACUCAGGCAGCAGCCACACUGGGUGACCCAGCCAAGGCCACACCAGCCCCAGUGCACUGUGGGAGGACCAAAGUGUUCAUGACUGACUCCAUGCUGGAGCUUCUGGAACGUGGGCGUGCCCAGGUGCUGGAGCAGUGUGCCUACUGCAUCCAGCGAAGCUGGAGGCGACACCGGCACCGCAGGCAGGAGAGGCAGAGGCGGGCCGCCACGCUCAUCCAGGCAGCUCUCCGUUCCUGGUUGGCUCGGAAACACAUCCAGAGGAUGCAUGCAGCUGCCACGGCCAUCAAGCGCACAUGGCAGAACUGGAGAAUCAGAAUGGCUUUCCUUGCUUCUAAAGAACUGGAUGGUGUCCAAGAAAAACACGUGUUUCAAGUUCCCCUUCCCUCAGCCUCCCUCCUGCGUCCCCAGGCACAGACCAGCCUCCUGGCAGCAGUAAUCCGCCUCUGGCCCCUGGGCCUGGUCUUGGCCAAUGCAGCUGGGGGUGUACAUGGCUUUCAGAGGAAGCUGGUGGUCUGGGCCUGCCUCCAGCUCCCCAUGGGCCGACCCAGCAGCUCCAUGGUCCAGAUGGCACAGGAACAAGCUGGUGUCACAUCCAUCCGAGCGCUGCCUCAGGGCUCGGUCAAGUUCCACUGCAGAAAGUCUCCACUGCCUUAUGCUGACAUCUGCCCUGAACCUUCACCCUACAGUGUUACUGGCUUUAAUCAGAUUCUGCUGGAAAGACACAGCCUGGGCCACGUGUGAGUGCUCACAUUCUAGCCUCACCCAGCUCAGCAGUCCUUUAGUGCCUUUGUGUCCAAAAGGCCUUUUCCUGCCAGCUGCCUUGCCAAAGACAUUCAAUCGACACAAAGCUGCCAAACUACUCCCACAGCAACUCUAAGUACACAUGAGCAAGUGACAGCUCCCACCCACAAUCCAGGGCUACCGCAGUCACCAACGGCUUGGGGCUCACACCUACAUCUCAAGCCCUGACAGGUGUCACGGGUUGGUUACCAAACCAGGACUAAGAAACCUCAAGGCCACAGAGAAAUUCGCACGUCUGCCUUCAUAGAUCCGACUCACGGGUGUCGUUCAUCACUACACUGGGGCACCUCCAAUUCCCCACAACAGAACAGUUCAAGUCAGCUUGAAAUUAACCCUAAAAUUUCAACUGGGACAUCUGCAUUUAGUUCCUUUAAAAAGAAUAAAAUCUUAUUAUUUAAUAUGUUGAUUUGAUGUAAUUUCAAGCAAUUAUGAACUAAGGAUGAACAAUGCAGUUAACCAGAGAAUUAUUAUAAUUGAUUUUAUUUAGCAACACUAAACAAGUUUUAACUCAAAUGGGUAUAAAACAUGACAAACAAUAUCAUUCACAAUGUCUAACUUAUACCAAAAAUAAAAUAUUUAAAGACAA